GGUACCUGCUACGAUGGCUCCUCAAGUUGUUGCUCCUAGCGCCGAGUUCGACUGGCCCAAGCUCGCCUUCGACCUGUACCCGACGGCCGGGUUCGUCAAAUACGUGUGGAAGGAUGGCAGCUGGGGCAAGCAGGAGUGGUCCGACUCGCCCUACCUCAACAUGCACAUCAGCGCCGUCGGCAUUCAGUACGGCGCCUCGUGCUUCGAGGGCCUCAAGGCGUUCCGCCACGAGGACGGCCAGGUCAAGCUCUUCCGCCCCGACGAGAACUCGGCGCGCCUCAACCACUCGGCCGCCGCCCUGUCGAUGCCCGAGGUGCCCAAGGACCUCUUCCUCGAGGCCGUCCACACCGCCGUCGCCCGCAACCUCCAGUUCGUGCCGCCGCACGCGCCCUACGGCGCCUCGGGCUCGUGCUACGUCCGGCCGACCCUUAUCGCGACUGGCGCCGAGCUGGGCCUCGUCGCAGGUCGCGAGUUCACGUUCUUCGUCUACGUGACGCCGCUUGGCUCGCUGUACGGCAGUGCGGGCGGCAAGGCGCCGGGUGUCGACGCCGUCGUCGUGCACGACUUUGACCGCGCUGCACCCAUGGGCACCGGUACGGUCAAGGCCGGCGGCAACUACGCCCCGGUGCUCAAGUACCAGGCGCGAGCAAAGGCUCAGGGCUACGCCAUCACGCUCCACCUCGACUCGAAGACGAGGACGCAGAUCGACGAGUUCUCGACCAGCAACUUCAUCGCCAUCAAGAAGCGCGACCACGAGUCGGACAAGCCGACGCUCGUCUACCCCAAGAGCGAGAGCAUCCUCAAGUCGGUGACGGCCAAGUCGUUGAUGGACAUCGCGCGCUCGCUCGGCUGGAACGUCGACCACCGCCCGAUCGCGUUCCAGGAGGUCGUCGACGGCGGAUUCGAGGAGGUCAUGGCGUGCGGCACGGCGGCCGCCAUCACGCCCAUCCGGUCCAUCACCUACCUCAAGGACGACGGCGAGCAGGCCAAGGUCUCGAUCGGCGACGGCCAGAACGCGGGCCCGCGCACCCUCGAGCUCCUCCAGAACCUCACCGGUAUCCAGGCGGGCAACGUCGAGGGCCCGGCAGGCUGGCUCUGGCCGGCCGAGGGCGUCGACGCGGCCAAGGCGUGAGGUGGACGCGCUCUCUCGCAAAAUGCGGCGGCUCUCGAGGGGCGGGCUGCAACUUUGUUCUCGUUGCACCUCUCU